AUGGAGCAGAUCCUGGAUAAGGCAGCUCAAUCAGGAGACAUAAACGCCUUAUAUGAAUCACUCCGGCAGGAUCCAACUCUUCUGGAUAAAUAUGAUGAGCCAUCAUUUGUGGAUACGCCUGCACACAUAGCAGCAGCUGCUGGCUCCACCCACUUUGCCAUUGAAAUCCUAAGGUUAAAGCCAUCAUUCCGCACGAAGCUCAACCCGGACGGGUAUAUUCCACUGGACUUGGCACUGCGAAGUGGGAAAACUGGAACAGUAAAACGGCUGGUUAAGCAUGAUCCUGAGCUCAUUCGCGUCAAAGGAAGAGAGGGGUUUACGCCUUUGCACUAUGUAGCUGAAGUGGGUGACGCUGAGCUUUUGGCCGAUCUCCUAGUGGCCUGUCCACAAUCCAUUCAAGAUUUGACAAUUCGAGGAGAAACGGCUGUUCAUUUUACUGUGAGAAACAAAAAUGUCAGGGCUUUACAGGUGCUUUUAGGUUGGCUCAAGAGAGGAAACAUUAAUGGACAGAUCCUGAACUGGAAAGAUGAGAAUGGAGAGACAGCCUUGCAUAUUGCAGCCUCUACAAAUAAUUUUGAGGCUGUAAAGUUCCUGAUCAACGAAGUGAGAAUAAAUGAACAGAACUUAGAAGGAUUAACAUGCCUCGAUACUUUUAUGGGACUCGCAAUCGCAGGAGAUGGGAGAAUUGCUAAAGCUUUACGCUGUGCAGGUGCUAAAAGAUCUUCAGCUCUACAUCCGGCUAAAACUUUCGCUGAUAUUUUGAGUUCAAAGGAACCAUUCACCAGAAAUCGGCCGAGUCGUCACCGUCUCGGUCCCUACCGAUACGAUACCGUGACGAAACGAUACCGAGAUAUUUGA